AAAUCCCAUUUUGAAAAUCCUCCAUCUGCCCCUCUCUCCCACCAGACCAGAGACAGAUACGGUACGGACUGUCUUGGCGAAACCCCCCCGGACUUUCAGAACCGAAAACCGACGAGAUUAGUGGACUGCAACGGCCAAGAAACAGAAACGUGAAAUUCGCACAUCUCCUGAUAUAUGCAUAUCUUCUGUACACAGGACGAACGGGUUGGUGGUUGUUCUGCAAUUUGACAUCGUUAUCUGGCUCGCUAAUUACCUUUUGGAAUUAUUCAGUGUUGUAGACGAAAGAAAUCGCUUGUGGUCUAUGUCGUCUGGGUCUUAUUAUUUUUGAAUACAGAGACGCCAAGAUAUGGGCCGUUUAGAGACUGUCUUAGACAUUUUUCGUGUCACACAGUCGGAGACGGCUUGUCUUAACAUUGCCCAGCAAUGUGUAAUGCAGACCGAUAGUCGCUUCGGGGAGACUUCGCUGCGCAGGGAUCUGAAAUUUGUUCGUGUUAUUUCCAACAUCUAGGCUAAGUAAGGUUACAUGUUGUUCUCAGUGUGUCGCACGCGUUACAGUUACUAGUUAAUAAUAAGUUGAGUGCUGCAUUGUUGUUAAACAUUCAGUUAGUUUUCUAACACUUCACGAGGGAAUGAGCACGAGAGGCAGGCAAAGUGCGAUGUUUCCUCAUGCGGGCGAUGUCAACCUCUUGAUAUUGUCUGACAUUCACUCGUCUUUUCCUUACGAGCUUAUUAUCAGCAAAGACGUCAUAAAGACUGUCCGGCCUCGUGGUCUUAUUGACGGAUUGAAAAAGAUGGUUAUUGGAGUUUGGAAUGUUUGCUCAGGGCUAUUUGGCGCUGCGUUGAUGUUGGCCAACGUAUUGGGGGAACGUGUCGUGUAGUUUGGCUCAUUGUGGUCUUGCGAGUGUGUGCAUCUACGAUGUGUUCGAUUUAGCAAAGGAAAUCCUGUUUGGCAAUCGUCUAGUUCCAGAUAUCUCCCCAGAAACACACGAGAACCUAUGCAGCACACCUUUCUAAUAGAUGUGAUCACUGCCGAAACUGAGUAUUUGCACCACGGUUUGACUGACUGAACAUAUCGUUUCACCUGAGAACUGGCGUGCCCUCGUAUUGUGUGAUACGAUUGUUCGCCAGCCCGAACGAGCGAGUGGGCUGGUCAGAGUUUGAGCAAAAAAUAUAGUCACGAAAAGACCAUUUCUAAUCACCCUAUUGGCCUACCCUCACGUCCGAAUAAUUCUUCCUAAUAUAGACCACUCGUCUGUCGUCGACCGUGACUAUGUUUUCUGCAUCAUCUAUCGCAGACUUGUCACUCGGAUGCGUCUCCUUUGUGCAUAUGGGCUUCAGGCUGCGCUGCUGACUGACCGGGAGGGAUCGAGCAGCUCCGGUCUAGAGGAAAGCACUUGGGUUUUCUGGACACUGUGGACAUGGAUAUAUCAUUUAUUCAGUGGCGUGAACCUCUAUAUUUUAAUAUAGAUUAUAGAAACCAGACAUCUUAAUGAUGCUUAUAGGCUACGGAUUCAGUGACACCAAUAUAAUAUGGGAAGACUGAUCCUUUUGAUUACCCGACAAAAACAAAUGAUCCUUUUCUCCAGUGGAUCAACUUACUCUACUUUACCCUCUGUAGCUGCAGCUACUUCACGUUGAUAUAAGAGAGUGCAUUCUAUACGCUAUGGUGACCUAUAUGUCUAAGUGAUCUCCUGUCUUCUAGUUAGCCGACGGGUCAGUUUGAUGAGUAUUGCUUUCCCCUCGGCAUAGUCCAUCACGAGAAGACAACAUUAUAUAGAGGGGAACUAGCCUACACACACAAACAAACAAACAAACACCGACGGGGGAUACAUACAUACGUACAUACAUGCAUACAUGACUUAUGCGAGGGGAUGUAGAUUUUUGGACUCUGGGGAAACGAUGCCAACAAUGUGGUGUUUCCAUAUCGAGAGGACAGGUUCUCGCGUACUAAUUGCUCGGGCUGUUCAUCGUCAAAUGCCUAUUCUCAAAAGAGCGCUGUCAACCUAACGGAUCACGUUGUCUUUUGUGGAGGGAAUCUUUUUAUUUUGUCUGGUGUUUUGUUUGAAAUUUUAAUUGUUUAGCGUGUAAUUAAUAUUGAGACAUCUUUAUAUGCCAUUCUGGUUUAUAUUUCCAUAACAACCUCACCAGUCCUCUCUUUAGUUACGCUGAAGGUGGAAGACCACAGCAGCCAGUACUGGACAGAGUCAUAUUUUAGCCCACCUCUAUGAUCACAUAUCCUUAAUUGGCCCUGCAAUUAACCCAGAGAGAGGCGUAGUCUUUCCAGGAUGAUUUGAGAGGGCUGUAGCAGUUGAUUUCUACCCUGCUAUCUCUCUCUUGUGUGCUCUCUCUCCCCGAUUGCUAUGAUGAAGAUGGGUUUUGUUCCCUAAAGCUUCUCUUCUCAUGUCAUUUCCUGCUUUGCUCUGCUGCUCGGCCCUUGUUCUGUGGUUCUGUGAAUGAGGCUGUGGCCAUUCCUCUCUACACACUGAUCACAGAUGUACACUCACCUCCACCCACCUUCCUCUAGUGCUGGCUGUCACAGACACGUUCAGGGUCAGGAGUGAGAAGCAAAGGGAGAGUGCAGAAGCUGAGGAGAUUGUUUUUGGAGUCGAGCCUUGGCACUGUUAUGAUUGCAGAGGGCUCCACAGGUUUGUUAACGCUUGGCCCCAUACACAGAGGACAUUUCCCUUCAGUUUGCACUUGAAGUCCCUCCACCAUUGAGGAAUGCAGUGUUAAAAGAACGCAUAUGCAGGUGGAUCCCUCUCCAAUGAAUAUAGGGGAUGGAGGUACUGUGAGCAGAGAGAGCAGAGCUCCGACCAGGGCGUCCGGUACCAUGGUGGGCAACCCCCCGCAGACGCUGCCGCCUGAGCUCAGAGGAGACGUGCCGCAUAGCCAGCAGGGAAAACUGAGAACUGCCCCAGACUGCAAGACACCGGAUGCGUGUUCCGAGGCCACUCACUCCAACCACUGCUCUGACGCCCUUCCCCCUUCCCAGAAGGCCCAUAACACUCCUGUUUCGGGCUCGCCAGCCAUGAAUUCCACUUUACACGAGAGAGCAGAGUGCCACAAGGCCAAGGCCGACGGUGGAGCGGGGGUCUACCCUCCUCACUCGUGGACUGGUGGGAAGAAGGCUGGCGUGGAGGGCCCUGUGAAUGCCAGUCGUGGGGGGAUAAGCUUGAAUAAGAAGAGCAGCCCUCCAGCCCCCUCAGUCAUCAGCCUGCCCCCGGGCUUCCAGUGCUCCACACUGUUCCUCUCCUCCACCAAUUUCACCUCUCCACUCUGUAAGAUCACCCUGCCUCCUGGGACUGGGCAGAUCGCUGCACUGAGAAAAGCCACGGCCAGCCAGUUCCAGAAAGUACCUGAGGGUGCCCAGCAAAACCCCCAGAACUCCCAGAGCUCGGGUGUGGCCCCUCUGCUGCACACGUACCCAUACCACUUUCAGGCGGGGCGAGGCCCUGCCUCCGAAAAGAGACCGCCCUCAACAAAGCUGAGAUGCGAUGCAUCCAGCAGCAAAAACUCUAAACUGGGAGCAGAGCAGAAGACUCCCCCUGCUUCUGCAGUCUCCCCCAGCAUCACCGUCCCAAUCCAGCCCCAACCACCCAGCUCUGCACACCCAACACGCUUUACUAUCUCGCCCUCUGCUGCCAUCUGUUGCAGCCCUGCACUGGCCAGUGUUACCACUCAAACUAAGCUGCUAAACCUCAUGGAUAAAGGUCCUCCUUACCGUAGUGUUGAUAAGACACCUUUAGCAUAUUUGAAACUGAAGUCUCCAUCUGCCACAGAGGAGCACACUGUUGGAUGCUCUGUUGAGGAGAGGGACGUACCUCUGGAUCUGUCCUCCAAGUCCAAACGACAGAAGAGCAACAGCAGUGAUAUCCAGAACAACCCUGCACUUGCCACCGAGCAUCGUCCUGUUGAUGAUGGUCAAAAGCACGUCCCAAAUGCCGUGAAAAGGACCCAGGCCACCGGUUUUGGUUCAGCUCCUUAUUCCGUUCUACCCGACAACCAGAGAAAUGGCUCCAAUCCAAAGCCACCCUCAUCCAAGCUGUUCAAUCAUCAAACACUUGAGCCAGCAACAUCUUGGUCCAAACAUUCACCCCAAGGUGCUAUCAACACCAUACCUGGGACCUAUGUUGGUGUUGCCAGUCCAAUUCUAGCUUCAACUCUACGCAGCAAAGAUGGCAAAGGGGCAGCUUUUGUAGAAGACCUCCAGAGUUUUGCUAAGCAGGAAACCAUCUCCAUUGUGGACCAAGGGGAGCAGCUUUCUCCCCUUGGGAAGGAGUCACCAUUUGCAGCGAAGAACACCCAACACAGCAAAAGCAUCAAACACCCAAACAGCACUAGCUCCAUUGGAGCACAGGCAUAUCCAUCCAAGGACACUCUUCCCUCAGGUCUUUCACCUCCGGCCAACUCGCAUCUCCAUCGAAAGUCUGCCAGCGGUAAGUCUGCCCCAAUCCCUUACCCUCCAGCUGGCAUCAAGCCACUGUGGGAAAAACCUGCUGUUCUCCCUCAGGGGACCUCAAUCCAGCGAAAGGCCAUCCAGGGAAGUCCCAAAAACAAGGCAGCAGCUAGCUGUGAGGGAACGGUGUUCCACCCUCCUCCCAAGCUGGAAGAUGAGAAAUGGGGGAAAAAUAACAAGUCUCCUCUGUCCAACUUGGAGUCCAUUGUCAAGCAGAAGGCCCUAGAGACUACAGCACUCACUGGCGAGGCUUACUGCGGUCUGUCCUCUGUUGGGUCUCGGAGAACAGAGAUAAGCUCUCUCACAGGGUGCCAGAAUUCUCAGUUGCAGCAGCCAGCCACUGCUGGAAUCCCACCUUUCAGACCAGUGGAGAGGAGAGACUCAAAGCCUGAGAGAACCUCCUUUCCAGGGGAGCCCGUGCAAACCAGCAGACGUCCUGAGAAACUGCUAGCUGCAGGGCAGAGAGAGACUAGUACGGAAAAGCAUGGGAAGGCAGAGGAGAGCAAGGCCAGCAAGGAAAGCGAAGUGCCCAGCAAAAAUUCCCGGCCAAGCCAGUUGUCUAGUGGUGGCAGUCAGGGUAGCAGGGAGGAGAUGGAGAAAGACGUAGCUGAAAAAACAGCAGGAGAGAAGGAGAAAGAUGAGAAGUUAUCAGCCCAGAAGGACCCCUCGUCACAAAUAAAGGCACUGUCGAUGCUCCAGGGUCAAAGUGCAAUAGAGACAAAAGUGGAGAGGAGAACCAACGGCACCAAAGAGGGCUCCCCUUUCAGUGAAAGAAGCGCCACGGGCAAACAGAAGAAGGCCAGUCCGAAAAAGCCAGGGAAGGAGAAAGCAACACCAGAGAGGCCGAAGAAGACUCCGCCUAAGAGACCACUAGACAAGGUCAGCCCUAAUGUGAAGCAAGGGAGUCUUCUAAAGAAGAGGAAGGUGCUGCCCCCAGCACUGGACCAGGGCUGUGAGGAAAAGGCCUCCGCCCCUCAGCCAGAGGAGGGAGCAAAGCGGCGUAAGGGGAAGAACGCCUCAGCACCAGAGACUCCUGGAUCAGCUUCCAGCAAAGCAGGUGGUGAGCGCACCCCUGCCACCAGCCCCAGGGGCUCCUCAGAGAAGCAGACGUCCCACAGCAGCCCCAGUCAGCCGGGCAAGGAGACACCCGCCUCCCUCGACACCCCUAGCUCCAGGCCGAGGAGAGGCAGACGGCGCUCUGAGGAGACGCUGCGGAGUGACUGGAGCUUUGCUGCCCCGGUCCCCCCUCUACCCCCUCCUCCCCCCCCAGAUCCCCCUGCGGCCACACCUCCGCCUCCGGCUAGUACUCCUUCGGUCCCCGUCCGCAGACCAAGGGGCAGGCCACGACUAAACCCGCUGCCGGAGGAUGCCGACCUGGUGAAGGUGAGGCCAGCCCCGGCCACCGAGACAGAGACGCCUUCCAUGAAGAAGAGACGGCGAUGCAGGAACAGGAAGUACCAGAAUGGGGAGUACAUCACAGACAAGCAUAAGGCUGUGGACGGAGAGAAGGAAGAGAGGUACACCUCUACCAGACAGAGCGCUCGAAUGGGAACAGAUGCGAGGACUGGCAUGUACCCACGACUCAGUGCCACGUUGACCUGCCGUUCACCCAGCCCGGACCUCAGUCCCCGCAGACCUCUGUUCACACGCUCCGGGUCCGUCCGGCGCCAGGAUGGUCAGACCCCCACAGAGUCUACCGACAAGCCGGCAGGGAAGAGGAAAUUCAAGAGCAAGCACUUAAUCACUGACUCCGAAGACCAGAAAAAGCUGAAGACCAAACGCGGAAGCUUGGUCAAGGACGAAGAGAGCCCUGUGGCUAAGAAACCAGGGGGCCCUUUGGCCUCCCCCAAGGGGCCGUCCUCGCCGGUGCCCGUCAAGAGAGCCGCUUCAGGGAAGGGAGGAGGGGCUCCUGAAUCGCCCCCAGGUCGCCCAGUGCCCCCCGAGGUCCGGCGGCUGAUUGUCAAUAAAAACGCGGGGGAGACUUUGCUUCAAAGGGCCGCCCGCCUGGGCUACCAGGAUGUGGUUCUUUAUUGCCUGGAGAAAGACACACAGGAGGUCAAUCGUCGUGACAACGCUGGGUACACAGCGCUCCACGAGGCGUGUGCCCGUGGUUGGACCCAUAUAGUGCAACUGCUCCUGGAGCAUGGGGCUGACGUCAACUGCAGCGCCCAGGAUGGCACACGGCCGAUUCAUGAUGCGGUGGCGGCUGAUAACCUCCCUGCCGCGUGGAUUCUGCUCAACCACGGGGCUGACCCCACACUGGCCACCUAUUCUGGACAGACUGUGACCAAACUGGCCCAGAGCCCCACGAUGAAGAGCUUUCUCAAAGAGUAUUUUACUGACUUGGAGGUACGCACUGACCAGGACCCAAGCCUUCCGUGGGAGUUCUAUAGCAGCGCGGUGUUCGAAACGGACGAGGACCCGUGCUGGGACUUCUUGCUGUCUGGGCCUGAUGAAGAGGACGGUGGGGAGGAGAGGAGGGAGCCGGGUCGAGACGAGGAUUCAGACGCAGACUGCCUGAUGUUUGAGUUCUCCUCUGAGCCACUCCUGCCCUGCUACCAAGUCCAAGUAGCACUGGCACAAGGGUUCUGCAACUGGUUCCUGUUGUCUGAUGUCCUAAAGCGGCUGAAGAUGUCGGCUCGGAUCUUCCGGGCACGGUACCCACACUUGGAGGUGGCGAGCAUCCCGAAGGUGGAGCUGAAAAAGCAAGUGUCCAUCAGCCAGACUAACUCGGCGCCCUCGGAGGCGCAUACGGAUGAGGAAGAUGAGGAGAGGGAGGAGAAGGAAGAGGAGGAGGAAGGAGACGAGACAGGCGUGCUGGUGGACCUCGUGCGCUGCGUGCCUGAGCUACAAGGACUACUAGGCUCCUCCCUCCAGCUCCUCCGAGCAGAAGACGAGGACGAUGAGGAGGCGGAGGAGAAGGAGAGAGUGGAAGAAGAGCGUGAGAGGAGAAAGAGGAGGAGUGACAGCAGCAGACUGUGUAGUCGGUAGCUGUACCCCUCACCCACCCCCACCGAACCCGAGCCGCACCUAAACCUUGAACCCAAACCCUGCCAGACCUCGACCUUACUCUUUCUCCAGGCUCCCCCAGAGAGCAUUAGAUCAAAAUGAAUCUGUGACUGAAGUGCCGUCCGUUAGUGUGACCUUGGGAAAAGACGAGUGUAUCCCGUGUGGGGUUAUGGUGUGUGUGUGUGUGUGUGUGUGUGUGUGUGUGUGUGUGUGUGUGUGUGUGUGUGUGUGUGUGUGUGUGUGUGUGUGUGUAUGUGGGGGAGGGGGGUUAUACUAUGGCAACCAGUUUCCUGUUAACCAGUACCAGCACUUUCUAUGUUUCAGCUACUCCAGAGGAGAAUUUUUUUGUUUUUUGUUUUGUUUUUUCACAGGCUCACUGUUGACCUCUGACUUCUGUAUUGUAAAAAGCAGGGGUCAGGGGUAAGUGGUCAGAGAUGUCACUUCUUUUGGCAAUGCCACUGAAGGAUUGAUGGGGAGGGAUGGAUGGUGUUGGGGAGCAACUUUCAGGUUACCUUCUGUAGGUAAUUUUUCAUGCCCUGACAAUUAAAACUCCAACCUGCAGUUUUAUAAUAAUCCAUAUGUGUACUUGUAAAUAUAUUCUGUAUGUAUAUCUUGCCAGCAGGGUGAACACAUUUGGUCGUAAUGUAUGCUUUAUAUUUGUUUUGUGGGGGUUUUGUUUUCCGAUUGUGUUAUGUUUUUUUUUUUCUUCUUCUGGGGAGAUAAUCCAAGGCUUUCUUUGUUGUGAUAUUUUUUUUUUUUUUUUUUUUUUUUAAUUGGUCAACUCUUGUGUGCAGCUAAGGAGCUUACUUUCAGCUCACUGUGGCAAGAAAGGCCACUGAGCCAGAUGGCUGACGGUAAACCUGUGUGAACCCGGCGUUCCGGGAAGACCCAGGGAGCGAGAAGACAGCCGCGUGCCACCUCAUCUGAAAUCAAAAUAGCCUCCCCCAGCCUCACCCUGUGCUGAGGGGACUGGAUUGAUGAAAGGAUUGUGCCGCCUUGCACUCGCCUACCGUGCUUCUAAAUUUGUUCCUGUAAAACAUCUUUUUUUUUUUUAAAGCAGUUCUGCAGGGUUGUAUUUAUUUGAGGAGAGAAUUAUAAAGCUAUCCGGCCUUACCUUAAUGCCCACAAUAAGCAGUUUGUGUCUCAAACAUCUUCGAGGGCUGAUUUAAGAGAUGACUAAGGAAUUGUUGGCUCUCCUGCUUUCGCUGAUGCAGUCAUUUUGAAAUCAGUGACAAUGGGACAUUUGGACGCCAUUUUUUUUAUUAUUAUGACUUUAGAGUUAAAGCAGGCCAUUUAGAUUUAGAUGACACCCAUGUUCUUCACCCGGACCUACCGAUCUCCACUUCUCUAUUUCAUGGUUUCAGUCAUAUUACACAUAUUUUAGUUGACACUAAGCUUUGUUUUUUUAAUGCUUUCAUUCUCUCCUCAUUUUGUUUGCAGUGCAUUUAUAGGAGAAUCAUUCUUGAAAUAUGACAUGAUGCGAAUUUUUUGGAGUCAUUCACAAAUCUGGCAGAUCAAAUAAAUAUGACGGUUUAUGAGCUUGUCUAACUGCAGAUUCCAAGACAUCAUCCUUGUCAUCCUCAAAUUUUGUUCUUGUUCACCUCAUGAAAUGGACUUAUGGUGAUCUUUUUUCAGACAUCCCCCACUCCAAAAACAAACAAACAAAAAACGAAACACAUUCAGUCAACACUGAAACCUGCACUUUGCUCUGCUGCAACACUUGCAAGAGGGUUGGAAAACAAUCCACCCCUGGAUUCAACAACUGUCACUCUCCCAUCUUUCCAUCCAAACCACCCCCAUCCAGUUGGCGAACAGACUCCAAAAAAAUGGAGUGAGUGUGUGUGUGUGUGUGAUAUAUAUUUUUUGUCUUCUUUACACUGUUAAAUUGUCAUUUGUGCUUAAUUUAAUAGUCAUUAAUAUAUUUGACCUUUUUUGUGUAUUUGAAAAAUGAUAUAUGGAAAAUGGCUUUGUAUGGUUGGUGCUUUAUUUGAAAUGUACAAAUGGUCAUUUUGCCCAGAGAUUGGUUUUUGUUCCCCUCUCAUUGCAGACAGUAUUUUAACAAGCGAAGGUACAGUUUUAUUGUACUGGUGCUAAGCUAGAUUUUGUGUUGACAAUCAAUGAUGUUUUGUUUGAAAUUUAAGGAAAAAAACAAUAAAUGAUAUUUAAAUGAAGAAAAAGAAA